CGCCGCGCUCGCUUUCGGGGGUGGCAGCGGCGGCAGCAUGUUUGAGGAGCUGGGGUUAGUCCCGACCAUAGGCGAUGAUGAGGAGGUGCCUCUGGAGCCGGAGUCCGACUCCGGGGACGACGAGGAGGAGGAGGGGCCCAUUGUGCUGGGCAGAAGACAGAAAGCUUUGCAGAAGAACCGAAGUGCUGAUUUCAACCCCGACUUUGUCUUCACUGAGAAGGAGGGCUUGUACGAUGGCAGCUGGGCCAUGGCUGAUGUCUUGAGCCAGCUCAAGAAGAAGAGAGCAGCCACGACGCUAGAUGAGAAGAUUGAGAAAGUUCGAAAGAAGAGGAAAACGGAGGAAAAAGAAGCCAAAGCUGGGAAGUCAGAAAAGAAGGAAGCCGAGGCUGGGAAGUCGGAGGAGAAAGCCGCAGAGGGCAGCUCUGAGCCCGCGGGGCAGGGAGACUUGGGAGGGAGAGACAAGGAAGGCUCAGAAGAAGAAGAGGAAUUGGAGGAAUCGGAGACGGACUACUCCUCUGCUGAGGAGAGCGUCCUCACCAAAGCAGAUAUGCUCAAAGUGAAGGAGCAGAAGAAGAAGAGGAAGAAGGGACAGGAAGCAGGAGGAUUUUUUGAAGACGCCUCUCAGUAUGACGAGAACCUGUCAUUCCAGGACAUGAACCUCUCCCGACCUCUGCUGAAGGCCAUUUCCGCCAUGGGCUUCAAGCAGCCCACCCCCAUCCAGAAGGCGUGUAUCCCCGUGGGCCUGCUGGGGAAGGACAUCUGUGCCUGUGCUGCCACUGGGACAGGUAAAACCGCUGCCUUCGCCCUGCCGGUUUUGGAGCGGCUGAUCUACAAGCCCCGCCAGGCUGCCGUCACCCGAGUCCUGGUGCUGGUCCCCACCCGGGAGCUGGGCAUCCAAGUGCACUCCGUCACCAAGCAGCUGGCCCAGUUCUGUAACAUCACCACGUGUCUGGCUGUGGGUGGCCUGGACGUCAAGUCACAGGAAGCUGCUCUCCGGGCUGCACCUGACAUCCUUAUCGCCACGCCGGGCCGGCUUAUCGACCACCUCCACAACUGCCCCUCCUUCCACCUGAGCAGCAUCGAGGUGCUCAUCCUGGAUGAGGCUGACAGGAUGCUGGACGAGUACUUCGAGGAGCAGAUGAAGGAGAUCAUCCGCAUGUGUGCCCACCACCGCCAGACCAUGCUCUUCUCGGCCACCAUGACGGACGAGGUGAAGGACCUGGCCUCUGUGUCCCUGAAGAGUCCCGUCCGCAUAUUCGUCAACAGCAACACUGACGUGGCGCCCUUCCUGCGGCAGGAGUUCAUCCGCAUCCGGCCCAAUCGGGAGGGGGACCGGGAGGCCAUCGUGGCAGCUCUGUUGACGAGAACCUUCACUGACCACGUGAUGCUCUUCACCCAGACCAAGAAGCAGGCCCACCGCAUGCACAUCCUCCUGGGGCUCCUGGGGCUGCAGGUGGGCGAGCUCCACGGGAACCUGUCCCAGACACAGCGGCUGGAGGCCCUCCGACGCUUUAAAGAUGAACAGAUUGACAUCCUGGUGGCCACUGAUGUGGCAGCCCGUGGCCUUGACAUUGAUGGCGUCAAAACGGUCAUUAACUUCACCAUGCCCAACACCACCAAGCACUAUGUCCAUCGCGUGGGGCGGACUGCGCGGGCUGGCCGGGCAGGGCGCUCUGUGUCCCUGGUGGGAGAGGAGGAGAGGAAGAUGCUGAAGGAGAUUGUGAAGGCGGCCAAGGCCCCUGUGAAGGCCCGGAUACUGCCCCAAGAUGUCAUCCUCAAGUUCCGGGACAAGAUUGAGAAAAUGGAGAAGGACGUGUACUCGGUCCUGCAGCUGGAGGCUGAGGAGAAGGAGAUGCAGCAUUCGGAAGCCCAGAUCAACACCGCCAAGCGGCUCCUGGAGAAGGGCAAGGAGGACCCGGGGCAAGAGCCAGAGAGGAGCUGGUUCCAGACCAAAGAGGAGAGGAAGAAGGAGAAGAUUGCCAAGGCUCUGCAGGAGUUUGACUUGGCCUUAAGAGGAAAGAAGAAAAGGAAGAAGUUCAUGAAGGAUGCUAAGAAAAAGGGGGAGAUGACGGCUGAGGAAAGGUCCCAGUUUGAAAUCCUGAAGGCACAGAUGUUUGCUGAGCGGCUAGCCAAAAGGAACCGCAGGACCAAGAGGGCCCGAGCAAUGCCUGAGGAAGAGCCAGCCCGAGGCCCUGCUAAGAAGCAGAAGCAGGCGAAGAAGUCAGUGUUUGACGAGGAGCUCACAAACACCAGCAAGAAGGCCCUGAAGCAGUAUCGAGCUGGGCCUUCCUUUGAAGAAAGGAAAAAGCUAGGCUUGCCUCACCAGAGGCGAGGGGGAAACUUUAAAUCCAAAUCCAGAUACAAGCGGAGGAAGUAGCUAUGGUAGCCUGAAGCUGUGCGUGGGACAGCCUGGAAAUCCUUCCCCGUGGGAAGUCACUGUGGCCUGGCCUGCCUUUUCUCCAUUUGUGAAAAAAAGACUCUGAAACAUUA